CGAGAAGAUAUGAUUGAAUUUAAAUUGCUCGAUGCAUAAUUAUCAAUCUCAGUUGGUGAUGUAAAAAUCACGAAUAAAAAUGGGUGUUCUUUCGUUUAUUAUUAACUAUGGAAUUCUCUCUUUUGUAUCUAUUCUCACGUACGUUUUGUUCAAGAGGAUCCUUCGUCAUCCUAAAGGUUUCAAGUACUUGUGCAAAUAUUACAUGGUUAAAUGGAAAAUUAGCAGGCAUCAACAAAAGUGUAAAAAUGCGGUGAAACAAUUAGGAAAUAAAUUAGACACGGAAAUUCGCAUUUCAACCACUAAGACUAUGGAUUCUCAAUAUUUCUACGGUAUGGACGAGUCCGGUAAUUCGUUGCAUUUCAAAUUGCACAUCGGCGUAAACAGCACGGCGGAGGCCGGCGUGCAUUUGAGGUUAAAAGACGGCAGAACGUACGUCUUUCCCGGUGCCGGAGCCGUUCGCGCGACGAACUUGCCGCGGGAUUGCUGGAAGAUGGCGGGAUUCGAUCUGGAAACGUUGGAACCCUUCAGGAAAAUCAGGAUAACAUUCAACGGAUUGCUCAGGAACGCGUCCUGCGAGGAUUUCGAGAAAAUCGAGCACGUUCGGUUCAAUUUAAUCUUUACUUGCUUGAGUUCGCCGUUUUACAUCCCCCAAGACGUUCGCAGUACUUUUUAUGCAGAAUCCGCAGCAGAACAACGUUCUGACGACAACCAAUGCUCAAAUCUACUGGGUUUCGAGUAUUUCGGCACGAUGAAGGGUUUCAUUAAGACCGAAACCGACCAGGAGGCACUCGUAGUUAAUCUACCGGCGACGAGAAUCAGACAUAAAGGAAUCGCGGAAAGAUUCACCGUUAAAAAAUCGUUGAGAUUGAUCGUUUUCGACGAAUACGGCAAUUUGUUCAACAUCGCCAUGAAAACUUUCAAAAACGGCCACCGACUGGAUUAUGGAUUCGCCUAUCUCAGCAACGAGAAGCGUUACCCCGUGAAAUUGUCGAAAUUCCUCGACUUCGACGGCGUCGCGGCGCUCCCCGGCGCCAUCAAAAUGGAGGUUUCGGUGCAUCGCAGGCACUACAGGCUGGUCGUUUAUUUAAAGAAAAAGGAAACCUUGAAAUCCUCUCGCGAAUCGACUUUCGGCUAUGAGUACUACACGAUACCCGCCGAUUGUCUCAUCAAUGGUACUUUCACCGGUAAAGCUGUGGUCGAGUAUUAUAAAGAAUGUGAAGGCGAUGAAAUUUACACAAUUUCCAAGAAAUUAGUACCUAAAACCGCCGAUAAACUACCCCAGAAGCUGAUAGUCGAUCUGAACGAAGAAGAUUCCCAGAUACUAGACCUGACGGGCGGCAAAGGGAACUCCUUGGGCUUGAUCUCGUCGUUGCAAUCCGAUUUGUUCACCAUUCCCCCCGGAUUCGUGGUGACGGUGAUUGCUUACAGAAGCAACAUAGCCAACGAUUCCCAAUUGGCCGCUGCCAUAUCCCAAUUAGACGCGAUUUGUUGCGGUCGCGCCGAAGGCGAUUUAGAAGAAACCUGCAAAGAAGUGACCAGCAGAAUCAGAAACGCCGCAAUUACCUCCGAACUCCAACGUUGCAUUAUCGACAAAUUGCAGGAGUACAGCGACGAAUCCGAUUAUCUAGGCUGGGCGGUCAGAUCAUCAGCCAUCGGAGAAGAUUCCGAUGAACUCUCGUCGGCCGGACAAAACGAAACGUUCCUAGGAUGUCGCGACCGAACCGAAGUCCUAACGGCCCUCAGCGCCUGCUGGGCCUCUUUGUACGCCUUCCAAAGCGUUCUAUACAGAUGGAAGCACGGGUUGCCGGUCGUCGCCGACAUGGCGGUGGUGGUGCAGAAAUUGGUGAGAUCCGAUUCGGCCGGCGUUCUCUUCACUUGCCAUCCGACCACGUCGAAUCCCUCCCAGAUGGUGGUCACCUCCAAUUUCGGAUUGGGAGAGACCGUCGUAUCGGGCGAAAGCGAUCCGGACACGUUCGUAUUGAACCGCACGUGGGACGGGAAAAUCUGCCUGAUCGAUAAAGCGCUGGGCGCCAAGAACAAAGUCAUCAGAGCGGCCGGCGACGGCGUCGAGGAAACCACCGGAGACGGAUCCGCCUGGAGCAUAUCGGACCGACAAGCCGUCCGACUGGGCAAGGUCGGUUUGGUGCUCGAAGAGGCCUUCGGCAACCACCGGGACGUCGAAUGGGCUUUCCGCGAGGAUAAGCUGUUCCUGUUGCAAUCGAGGGCCGUCACGACGCUGACGUCUUGGUCGGACGUCGAGCUCGCCCACGAGAUGGACUCGCCCACCAGAUCGACGCACUACGUGUACACGACGGCCAACGUCAAGGAGGUGAUGCCGAACGCCGUCGCGGCGCUCUCGCAUUCGACGUCGAUCAAGUGUGCCGAUUGGGCCGUACAGCGAUUCGCCCAGUUGAAUUUCGAUCCGAUGUCGAUGAAGGGCAUGAUCACGCACCAGCACAACGUCCUGUUGGACGUGGUCAUCUCGAUACACAAGAACCUGCGUCGCGACGUCCACGUGAGCUCCACCAUAGUGGAUCUGGCGAUAUUCGGGCAUCCCGUUCUGGACGAGGCCAUCAACGAAUCCGCCUUGAAGCGAAUGGGCGCGUCGUCGUUGUGGUUCCAAAUGGCGGAGCCUCUGAGGGUCAUGUCGAACGAUUGGAGGGAUCUGGUGGGACUGUCGAAACGGCUGGUGGACGGUUUGGAUUUGGAUCUGUCGAUCGACGAUGAUCCGUCGGCGAAUUACCGGAAAAUCGACGGGAGUUUCGAGGAUAUCGUGGAGGUGUGCACGUGUCAUUCGAAGACCAGCGCAGUGUCCGUGUUCUAUCAAAUUAUAGCGAUGAAUGUGCUGCUCGAAGGCAAAACAGAAUUAACAGAGGAGCAUCUGUCCGAUUUCGCGGCCAUUUUGUCCAGCUGCGAGGACGUGGUGUCGGCGGAGGUGCCGAAGUACGUGGAGGAAGUGGCGGGAUUGAUCAAGCGGGCCGGGUGCGAAGGGCGUUUCCUGGAAAUCGAGGCGAAUCGAGGGGUGGAUUGGUUGAGAGAGAACUGCCGGCCGGCCUUCGAUUUAUUGGAGGAGUUUCUGGCCAAGCACGGCCAUCGAAAUUUGGGAGAGUUCGAGUUGAUGGAGAAAUCGUGGAAGGAAGAUCCGUCGGUGGUGGUGCAGAUGAUAAAGGCCAACGUGACGGCGCAAAGGACGAAGAAGGUGCAGCAUUCCUUGGAGGAAAUCAUCCGGGGUUUGAAAUCUCCUCGUAAGAAACUCUCUAGGUUUAUCAUCCAUUUCCUCGUGAAGAAGAUUAGAAAAUCCGUGGGCGUCAGGGAGCAAACGAAAUCGGAAAUGAUCAGGGCCUUCGACAGAUUGAGACGAGCCUACAGGGUAUUGGCCAAGCAAAUGGUGAUGAACGGAUAUUUACCAUCGGAAGAUUUAAUUUACCAUCUUACACACACGGAAAUAGGCACCGUAUUGGCGGGAAGAAGCCCCAGUUUGAUCACAAAGGCCACCAGACGCCAAAAAUUGUACCCCAAGUGGAACAAAUUGCGAUUCCCGGAAAUAAUGUUCGGCGAUCCCCGCCCGGACGCCGAAGACGAUCGAUUCCCAUCGCACCAUCGAACAUCGAGCGACCUUUGCAAGGGCACCACCGUCUGCGGGGGCGUCGCAGAAGGCCGGGCCUGCGUCAUCAACAGCCUCGGCGACAUACAUCUACUCCAAACAGGCGACGUUUUGGUGACUUACAGCACCGAUAUCGGGUGGUCGCCGUAUUUUCCGAUGCUGAGCGGCGUCGUGACGGAAUUGGGCGGUCUCGUGUCGCACGGCGCUGUCGUGGCGAGAGAAUACGGUUUGCCGUGCAUCGUGGGCGUGAAAAACGCCACGAAACGCUUCACUACUGGCGAUACGGUCCGUUUGAACGCUGAUAAAGGAGAAAUAGGAAGAAUUUAAUGAAUCCUUAAUCGUUUUCUAAAUACACACAUACACACACCGGCAUGUUUAAAGGAACAGAUAUAAAAUCCAAUUAUUUUCUCUAUUAUGAAGCCGAGAAAAUCGGUGUUUCUUGAAGUAAUGCCGGAAAACGCCGUCUUGCGGUCAAGCAAGCAAUUAAAAUAAUAUCUUAUAUAGUGCAAAUUAUAGACCAAAGAAAGCCCUUUUCAACAAUUUCAUUUUUUUGAAAAUCGGUCCAGCCGUUUAAAAGUUAUUACCAUUUAUUUGUCAAACUAUUCAAACAUCGCCCGCCACUUUAUUUUAAAAGAUAGAGUCAAAAAUAUAAAACAAAAAAUAAUCGAAAUUAUCUUAACUAUCAAAAUAAAACACAUUUUUAAUACCUUUAUUUAGGAACCUUGAUAGCUACCUAGAUAUAGACUAUAAGACAAUAAAAUAUAGAAAUAUAUUACAUUUUCAAUCUGUUCCUUUAAAUUUGCCGGUGUAUGUAUACACCUUGCUCCAUUUCCGAUUGCAACAUGGUCAUUUCUAUGAGUGGAACAAAGAGAGAUUAUUAAAAUGACAGUUGUCAGAG